AUGCUCAUAGAAUUUCUUUGUAAAUUAUUCUCUUCUCGAUGUCAAUUAAAAACUCUUCAACUUGAUAUUAGCAAAGAACUAACGAAUGGUAUGAUUCCUCGAUAUUUAGCAUCAAAUUCUUUUUUAUGUCAAUAUCAAUCUUGUUGUAUAACUCUUCGUCAUUUAUUUAUUCGACUUGAACGUAAAUCUGUUCUUGAAAAUAUUAUCCAACAUCUACCAAAUCUUGAACAAAUAUCAGUUCAAUUUGAUUCUUCAUUGGUAUUACGUCCAUUAUCGAAAUCGAAUGUUGAAACGCUGAAAAAUUCAAAUGGAAAUUGGUUUAAUAAAGUACCAAAACUAAGAUAUUUAAGUUUGCAAACUUACAUUAAUGAAGAUUUUGAAUUUAUUUAUUUAAAAUGGUUUCUCAACAAUUUAAAUCAUAUUGAAAAACUUCGACUUUAUCUUAAAAGUGGUAAAUUAAAUGAAAACAGAUGCCAAAAAAUAUGGAAAUCUUUUAUUGAUGCUAAUUUCAUUCGAGAAUAUUGUUUACCAGAUACAAUACCAAAUUUAAUUUAUUUUAAUUUUUAUAUUUGUUCAGAAUGUCAAUUAUCAUUUAAUGAUAUAGAAAAAAUAAUUAAUUCAUUUAAAAUUCAUUCAUUUUUUAUUUCAUAUCAAUGGACAAAUGUUAAAUGUUUAUUUGAUCCAAUUCUAUCAUGUCAACAUAUUUUCUCUUCUUUUUCUAAAAGAAUUCAAUCCUCUGAUAGUCUUAUUAAAUAUCCAAAUAUUUUCAAUUACCCGCAUACUGCUGAUAGUCGGUUUCAGCAUUAUUUAUAUCCAUCAUUAUAUUUAUUUCUUGAACAAUUCAAUGAAUUAUCUUCUAAUAUAUCUUCUAUCAAAGUAUAUAGAAGUAAAUUAUUUUCUUAUUUCAAUAAUUCUCUUAAUAAAGUGAAGAAAUAGAUUUCAUAUAAUUUCUUUGUAUGUCUAGUUUCUGAAAAAGAAAACGAUCAUUAAUUUUCACAAAACAAUUCUAUGAGAAUAAAGAUUUCUCAUGAACAUUUAUUUAUCUUGUUUUUAAUUUAAAUCUAAUUUUAAAGUAAAUCAAAUUUAUUUUUCUUCUUAUAGAAUAUGGCCAACAUUUUAGCGAGUCAGAUUUACUGAUGCCAUUGGGAAUCUUAUCCAAAAUGAGACAAGACAAGAUGAUCGAUAGUCCUUUUCGAAAUAUUACAAAAAUUCAAUUUGGAACAUGGCUUGAUCGGGUAUAUGGUUAGUAUUAAUUUUCUUUUUUUUUCAUAUGAUUUUGAAUGAAUAUUAUUUAUUCUUCAUUUACAGCUAAAAAUAUUAUCUGCAACUUUUUUUUAUAGUUUGAAAUUUUAUUUAAGGAGGAUCCCCUCAGAAAGUAUUUUCCACUUUGACCCGUCCAUUUGAGCUGAAAUUUUCAGGAAUGACUGGUCCUGGUGAGAAGCGCUUCUGAAAAUUUUUUUAGCCCUUUUAACUGUAAUAGGGCAGAGUUCCAGCUGAUUCAUGACCCAUUUUUGGAGCCGAAAUAAUUCAGUCCCGUUACACGCUAGAGAGGUCGGACUGAACUCAAAUUAAAGCUAAUGCCAGGGGGCAACUAUUAUUCGAACAGAAUUUUGAAAUUCGGUCUCGUUCAUUUUUUAUGAGCAUUUUUGUGAUAAGAGCUGCAAAUCAGCAUAAAAAAUGGUAGUAAAUUCCACUUUUCUCAGCCCAAAAACCAAUUAUAAAAAAUCCGUUUGAACAAAAGUUUAGCCUCGUCGAGACCUUUAAAACAAAACAAAAAAAUAUUGGAUAUUGAUUGAAACUGGAGGGAGUUAUUUCCAUUUUCCUGCCUGAAAAGCAUGUUUUGAGAAAAACGAUAAACAAAUUUUAAAAUGGAUAUUUUUAUUCAAAUUCGAAAAAAACACAUUUUCAGAAUUUUGUCCAUUUUCAAAGAAAAAAGUGCAUAUAUAAAAUCAGCUAUUCUUUUGGAAAUUGUAGAGCUUUUCACGCUGCAUCUUUUGGUAUAUUUUGUUUUUUAAAUACAAUGUAUUAAAACAGAAAAGCAAUGUAUUUUAAAAACUGAAAAACUUCUGAAAAUCUCUUGAAAAACAUGGUAGUAGCCCUCAAUCUCCUUUGGAAAGUUUAUUAAAAGUUGCGCUUUUGGGGAAAACGGCAUAUAUAUUCUGAAAGAGGAGACUUCAGCGUAUCUUCCUAUGAUAAAAUCUCGACUUCGACUUUUCUCGAAAAAAUGGAUUUUUGUAAGGAGGAGAGGGACUCCCUUAAAACAAUUUCCCUUAAAAUCAUCGUCAUGAAAUGAACUUUUUAAUUUUUGUAUUAAUGAUUUGAUAUUUUGAUAGUUAUCGUGUGCCUUUGAAUGUGGAUUUUGCAAUCAUUAAUGGUGAUAAGUAUUUAAGCAGUCACGAAAAAAAAAAACGAUUUGUGGAAAAAGUGAU